AUGGAUUUUGCAGUAAGUAUUCAUCACCCGACUUGGCAUCAAGGAAGCGUUCGAAUUUUUUCAGCUUACAAAGCAUUUACUACUGAUAAAUUGGACGCGUUUUUGGGUGUUCGAAUGGGUCUCAAACAUGUUAACAUUACACUUACAAGUGUGCCGUCAUCCAAUGUUGAUUCUCAAAAAUCAUUGAACGGUUUAGAAUACAACGAACGAUUUGAAUUUCUUAAUGUAUUUUCAAUGGAAAUGGAAUUGGAGAAAAGUCUAAAAAAAGGUUUGCCUUAUCCAAUUCUAAAAGUAAUUGAGUAUCUAAGUGUGGAUCGAGCUGGAUUUGUUUGGGGAAGGCAAUAUCGUCUUGCUGGACAUUAUACUAUUUAUUUGCUUUGGACAGCAUUCGCAGUAUGGAUAGUUCAGGUGUUGAUGCUGUGUUUGGUGCCACAUUACUUUGCCAAAAUGGUUACCAUAGUUGGAUUUCUGAUACUGUGCGCGGAUUUCAUAUACUUCACAUUUGUGCCUAAAAACUUCCAAAUCCGGUUCCCAUCCUUCGAUGGCUCAAUCGCUACGCUUGAAUUCCACCUCUCAACGUGCUUCUAUAUGACACUUGUUGCUGGUUGGUGCAUUAUUAGUGUAAUAUAUGGAGGAAUACUGAUAGUUUUGCAAGCGAAAUCAUUAUACACCCUAAAAACUUUCGUAUCAUCUCAAAUCGAUCAGCACUGUUGUAAAAUAAGAGAAGAAACCACAAAUAUUGCGUUGACCUUCGACCUUCAUGUCGAUGGCAACUGA